AUGGCAGACAUAGGACCCAUUGCCUCGAUCAUCGGAGUCGCAGGCGCAGGGUUCAGACUGUCUUUCAUCUUGAAUGCAGUCAGCUGCGAAGUUCCGGAGUAUGGCCUCGGAUUGGUCCACAGCAUCUCGAAAAGCGUCACAUUGUUCUCCAUGAUUCUCAAACAGACCGGCACUGCCCUCCAGGCUGCAGAUUCUGUCCAUUCCAACGAAGCUGUCCAAACCGCCAAGUCGAUCGCAGAAGAGAGCACGCGAGUGUUUGACGAAAUAAACGAUAUGCUGGAUCGUCUACGCACAAAGCAGAUCAGUGGCGAUAUCUCUCCUACCAUUCAGCAGAGGUUCAGAUGGUGCUUUCGACAUCACCGCGUCACAUAUCUGCUUGCGCAACUCGAGAGCCUUAAGCUGAGCCUUUUCCUGAUGCUUCAGGUCAUAGAAUUGGGGAAAAUUAUGGCAUCGACAUCCCGCAGUGACCCGCCCGAAGAAGUUGCCCUAAAAACUGAAGCUAUUCGACAAGAACGGGCAGAGGCCCAGAACGCCGUGAUCGUUCGAUAUUGGCAGAUGAACAACAUGGACAGGCUGUUUGAGGCGUCACGCAAGGAAGAGGAGGAAGAUAGAACAUCCAACGCCAGUGCCAGCACCAGUACACCACAAGAUCACGAGUUUUCCCUUGUUGAGUCGGACAGCUUACAAUGGACUGCUGACGCUCCACCUCCGGAAUACGCUCCUAUGUCUGCUCUGGUGAGGCUUCCGGUGUACUCUUUGGGCGAGUUGGAUCACACACUACAUCAAAUCAAAGGCUCUCCCAGAGACAUGAUCCGUGUAUCGGACCAGGCGAUUGAUCCUCUGCUCGAACGAUGGACCAAAUGGAGGGAAGUUCGUGAAAGAAGACAUAAUCGAGAUUCAGGAGUUCGAUUUGUGCCAUCGGUACAGAACCUCGAUGAAGCUGACGAAGAUGACGAAGACCGGCCAUUUCACGAACGAUAUGAGGAUCAAGAGGAGAACACCCGUGGCUAUUAUCUGGAGGGCAAAACGACGGAUUGGAGGAGGCCAAAUUCUGCCGCUGCUCGACAAGAGGCCCUCAGGAGGCGAAAGCAAUACUCUAAUUUCCAACCCACUGUUAGCACGGCUGAGAGUGACGUCGAAAAUUCGCCAAAUGGCAACGCCUCCAAUAAACGAACCGCGAAACGACAUCUGUUCGAAAUGGGAUCGGAAUCGGAGUCGUCGGUGUCUGAACCCGAGCUACUUCAACCCAAGCCGAGACGACGCAGCAGCGGCAGUCCACCGACCGAACGGAAGAUAUCAGCGCAUGAGGGCAUCUCAGCCUCGCACUCGUACACCGCGCCCGUUCAACCCCCGGCUUGGAUAACCGCCAACAGUGUGAGCAGAAGUAACCGAGCACCCUCCGUAACGUCAGGUCAGUCGACAGCAUCUCGAUUGUCCUCGCCUGCUUAUCAUCCACCUGGUCACCGGCCGUGGGCGACUCCCGACCAGACUUCAAUUCAUCACAGUUUGUCAUUGCCCCUUCCACCGGUGCAUACCGCCAACGCGCCGAAUCCGUACACACCCCAACAACAUGCUGGAUUCCCCCGGUAUGCCGGCCAGCCGACAGCCCAGUUUAGUCCGUACAGUGCACAACCUGGUGCGCAAUCGAGGUAUAUUCCGCCAUCACCAAAUCCAACGGUCUCUGCCGCACGCCCUGGCUCGCAGGAUGGUAAGCACGGGCGAUCGCCAUCUCGUUUGUCGCAACACAGCACACCUGCACGCAGUUACAUCAGGAGCGAAGACGAUAAGAGACAUUCUCGCGAGAAAAGCACAAAGCAAAAUCUCCGCGAGGGAGCCACCAAAGGACUCCUGGGAGCAGGUGCGAUCGCAGGCUUCCUACAGGCUCUUGAGGGACUCAGCAUUUGA